AUGGCUCCAAAAAUAAAAGUACCUGCCAACUUUGGUGUACAACACAUCAACUCUCCUGUACACGGAAAUCUGCUUCUUAAGCUGAGAGAUGGACAAGAGAUUAAAACCAAUUCCAUGAUCAUGUCCUAUAACAGUCCUGUUAUUGACAAACUGACCUCCAACCUGUUUCAGCGCUGUACUGAAGUUGAUAAACUAGAGAAGGGCAUCUUUGAAGAAGUAAACAAAAUGGCACAUGUAUUCGAUGUGUCCUGGUUGACUAAGAGGUGCCUGAAGUUUUACAAAGCAGAAGUGCUGAAGUUUGAGAACAACUCGUACGAAGAGAUGUUAUUUGCUUGUGAGAUUGCUAGCAGGGCGCAUUAUAAUCUGAAAGACAGCAGAUAUGUCAGCUGCUUUGUGAAGAAUGUUACUUUCAGUGGUAAUGGCAAAUUUUUCUUCUUACAGAGAUAUAUGGCUGGUUUUUCUGAGCUACCCAAACGUCGGAUUGACAUGUCGCUCGCUAUUGCUGCGAAUAACUUGAACAUCAUCAGCAAUUGUCUUGUAACUUAUAUUUCCUUUAACCUGAAAUGUAAAGGAUUGGACGAGAAUUCUCUGUACAUGCUUCAAAAGCUGGAUUUCAAGAAGUUUAGCCGUACUUUUCCAUCUGAGUUAAAUGAGUUAACGGACUUCCUGGUCACUAUAACUGAAGAUUCUGAAUGUGCUGAAAUGAAAGCGGUUGUUGAUAAUUUUGUUAAAGAGAGGAAUACUGAAGAGUCAAGUAGCUCUAAAGAAGAGCUAGAAGUUGAUGAAAAUACUGAAGAUGUACAAGACAGUGAUGGUGAGGAUUGUAAAGAUGUUGCUAAUCAAACUGAGGAAAUAGACACAGGUUGGAUACAGUGUGUUAGUGACACACACUACACCCUGUCACACUACGAACCAGUACAGAUGAUAACUAAUACUACACAGUCAGUGAACUGUAUUUUUGUGUAUUAUACUCUAUCUGGAGAAGGUGGUAGUAGUGAGAAACAUAUUCAGAUUUAUAGAAAUGCUAAAACCAAUCAGUGGAGUUAUUUUAUUGGGGGAUGUACUCCGGAUGUCAUUCUAAAUAAUGUACCAGCUGAUAAACUCAAACACUGGAUAAUAACCAAAACUUCUACACACCUAAAGGUAGUGUGUAACAGAGUGACAGUUCUCAAUUUCAACUUUGCUACUGACUACACACCAGGUUCUGAGAAUAGUCACCAGGUUUGGUUGAAAAGGUGCACGAAUAUACAACUCCGAAAAUUUGAUGAUAAUGAUUUACUUAUUUGGAGACAAUGUGUUAGUCUUGCAUGAAUUAUGAUAUAGUUCUGAACAAUCAUCACUGGAAAUAUUUUAAUUAAUUAAUUCUCGUUUCAAGUAAACUGACCAGUGCACACUUCUUACUUUACACAAUUUAGUUUUUCACUCAGUUAAUGUUAAUUGGUUAGGGUUAGUCAGUUAUCUCAGUUUGUUUUCUGUUUUAAGCAAAAAAAUGUAACGUCCAUUUUGAUUAACUUGAUGAGCAAUCUUUUUAAUGGUUAGCAUGUUCACCUUAUUACCUAUUUGUAAGUGAAUAUAGCUGACUGGUACUAGCACAUG